GAGAGAGAGAGAGAGAGGGAAAAGGUAUAUUCAUGUAGCUGGCACACGUGUCGCUUAUUUUAGACAUGAUCAGAGAAGCGUGCAGCAAUAAUUUCGCAAAAUCGUGAAGUCUUUAUGAAAGUUUUUGUGAUAAUAUAAUAAAUUAAACAUUCGCACUUUUGCGCGCCAAAAAAAAUACACAUUUUUGAAAAAAAAAGUUAAGCUCAACAAGACUGGCAUCUUCUUCAACAUACCGUAUAUAGAUAGGUGGAACAUCAGAGAUGCGCAGAGAUAUUUGCAAUUAUUAUCGUCGAUUUUCAGUUUGUAAGAUUGUCCGAAAUAUGGAAAAACGUUACCGAGGACUGCGAAUCCUUCAUCAUGGUGAUAAUAACAAUCGGCGGUUACGUUAAAUUAUUCAUCAUAGUUCUGAAAAGUGAAAAUAUAGAACAACUAUUGUCGCUCAUCGACUAUCACUGGCGGGUUUUCACGCAUUCCUUGGAGGUACAAAUUAUGCACGAAUACGCUAUCGUAGGAAGGAAAUUGACGAUAAGUUACGCCGUUAUGAUCUAUUCAUUGAUGACCCUCUAUAUGCUGAUACCGGUAACGCCCCAAUUAUUGGAUCUCAUCGUACCUCUCAAUAAAUCGCGGCCUUACAAGUACCUAUUCGAUAUCGAUUACAGCUUCGACAGAGAGGUGUAUUAUUAUCCUGUAUUACUCCACGCAUAUCUGACGACUGUGAUAGCCAUGAGCCUCAUGAUAAUAACUGAUACGUGCUACAUAUCGCUCACGCAACACGCGUGCAGCCUGUUCGCCGCAAUUGGGCACCGAUUAGAAAAUCUGACGUCGGAGAUAAGUUUGAAGAAAGAUCGUCUCGACGAGGACAUAGAGGUAACGUGUGAUAAGCGCAAAUCGCGAGAUUGCGAUGAGAAGAUCUAUCGUGAACUGGUGCUCCUCUUGCGGAAACACCAGCUGAGUAUUCAAUAUGCCCAAAUGUUGGACUCUUUAUUUGAGAUGUAUUCGUUUUUGUUGCUCUUCGUUACCAUCAUCGUUAUGAGUCUCCUCGGAAUUCAAAUACUUUCCUUAAUGGAUCAUAAAGAAGAGAUGAUCAGAUAUGUAUCAAUGGUAAUAGGUGCAUUCCUACAUCUUUUCGUUUUGAGUUAUCCUGGCCAAAUGAUAAUGGAUCAUAGUGGAGACCUAUUCCAUAAAGCAUACAAUAUGCUGUGGUACAGAAUGUCGCGAAGAACGACACAGCUAUUGAGCAUAUUACUUUAUAGGUGUCUUGUACCUUGUACAUUAACGGCUGGCAAAAUAUACGUGCUGUCGAUGGCGAAUUAUGCUUCUAUGAUGCAGGCAGCCUUGUCUUAUUUCACCGCUCUGUCAUCGUUUCAGUAAUUUAUGAUAAAUGAAAAAGGAGAGAAAUUACAUUAUUAAGUGAAAAAAUUAGGUAUUUGAGUGAUGUUUCGUCGUAAACGUGCAAAAUUCUAAUUCUAAUUCUAAUUCUAUUAACGUAACAAUGACAAGUAAAAAUCAAUAAUAAUUGAGAAUUGACAAAUCAACUGCAUGUGAUAAGAUAGAUACUACCAUAUAUACCUACUUAUGCUCAAAAUAUAUUGUAUAGAUUUAUUUUUCUGUUUGUGUGUUAAUAAAAUUUAAAGAUAGUUGUUGCCAUUAUAAAAUUACAAUUGUUAUCUUUUUUUUAGUAUCAAAAGUCCGAUCGCCUAAACUAAUAAAAACAAAAUAUACUUCAUCGUUAAAAAACUGAUAGACGUAACUUAUAAGAACAUUUAUAUGUGUAUUCUCUAUCAAUUUUCCCGUCUCUGAUUUCAUAACUCACAAGAUAGUUGACACAAAUAUUAAGAAACUUUAACACCUUUCAAUGUCCAAACUUUUAAGUAAUGUUUAUAAAUUUAAUAUGGCAAAGAGACAUAUGAUAAAAAUAAUUAAUUUAGAGGGUGAUAAACGAAAAAUAUUGUAUCUGUUAAUUAACAUUGGUUAAUGUCGAUGAUAAAAAAAACAGAAACAAGUGUUAAUAAAGUGCUUUAAUUCUCGUAAUCUAAA